AUGGCAGAAAAGGUGUUGACUAGUUUUACGGUGGUUGAGAAGAUGCAAGAUACUGGUAUUGAGGUAAUUAUCGUAGGUGCUGGCAUCGGGGGUCUAUGGGCUGCGUUAGAAUGUUGGCGCAACGGCCACAAGGUCCGCAUUCUCGAUAAGACGAAGGGCCCCGAAACAAAUGGGGACUUCUUUACUUUAAAUCCCGCCGCAUGCAAGGCGUUCAAGCAUUGGCCACAGAUGAAGGCGGAACAUGAGAAAGCAGCCUGUCGACCUUCGUUUUCCUGCUUUCAGUGUGAUGGAACGAGUCUUCUCUCCCAUGAACGCAUAACCUCGCAGACAACGGACGAAAUGGGAGUUACAGUUGAGGCAGAACUUGACACGUGGCGACACCUUCGCCCCAAGCUCCAACAAGUCUUACUGAGGCAGCUUCAACGGAUCGGAUUGUCCAUAGAGUAUGGCAGCUGCGUCACUGGCUAUGAGGAGACUUUAGACAAGGGAUUUGUCAUUCUUGAUGAUGGCUCCAGACUAGAGGCGGGGGUUGUCAUCGCAGCUGACGGAAUUGGAACGAAGUCAGGUCAAAUGGUCCUUGGGCAUACUUUGCGAGCUCGGAGUAGUGGAUCUGCUGUUUACAGAUGUGCGUAUCCUGUCGAGGUCCUUGAUACGGAUCUUAUCCUCAGUGAGCAUUUCAGGCUCUACGACGGCGAAGGAGGCGCGAGUGAGAUGUGGAUAGGCCCUAAACUACAUCUUAUCACGACGAGGAAUACAGAAACUUUCUCGUGGGCCAUGACUCAUAGGGAUAACGGAAUGUCAAGUGAAUCUUGGCAUUCUACAUCGACCCCAUGCCAACCUGCAGAUGCCAUAAAAGCCAUUGAGAAUGCCUGGGGAAAUUGUCCUGAUAUACUCAAAAGAAUGAUCGAAAUCACGCCAGCUGAUACCCUGCUGGAUUUUAAGAUAAUGUGGAGAGAUCCUAAUCCAACAUGGACCUCACCCCUGGGUCGUGUUGUCCAGCUUGGAGAUGCUGCACAUACCUUCGUACCUAGCUCCGGAAAUGGUGCUAACCAGGCUAUUGAAGAUGCUGUCUCUCUGGCAUGCUGUUUGAAGAUUGCUGGACAACAGGAUAUCCCCACGGCGGUCAGGGUGCAUAAUCUCCUUAGAUUCGAGCGUGUCUCAUGUGCACAGAUAACUGGAUUUCAAAACCAGGCAAAUCGAGAGAAUGCACACUGGGACCUUCUGGCCAGCCAUCCCGAAUCUGUAAAACCAAAACUCGGCAGAUGGAUCUGGGAGCAUGACGCUGAGGAUUAUGCCAAUGACAACUAUGCCAAUGCGUGCCAGAAAUUGCUCUGUAGCGCCGCCUUUGGAAAUACUAAUAUUCCGCCUGGCUAUAAGUACCGUCCUUGGAAUAUCGAUCAGCUGCUCGAGAUGAUGGAGAGCGGAGAUCCAAUUGUGUUUGAUGGUGAUUGGAAUUAA